AUGAGCCUCAUUGCAGUGCAGGUGAUGCACCUGUGCGCGGUCGUCGCGCCCACCCAGGACGUGGCCUUCAUGUACAGCAUCGCCUGGACCGCGGUGCAGCUGCUGUUCAACAACUUCUUCAUCACCUUCAAGGAGGCCUCCCUGCAGUGGCUCACGCACCUGAGGUGGAUCAGCGCGCUAUACUACGCGUUUGAGGGCAUGGCGGUGGUGCAGUUCAAGGGCAUGACGCUGUCCUGCUCUGGCGGCAUGGACCCCAAGGGCAUGCACUUCCUCAAGGAGCUGCUGCCCAACACCAAGCUGCUCAGCCUCAAGGCCGUGCAGAACGGGCUGACCAACCCCGGCCCGGACUGCGUCACCGACGCCAGCGCUGUGCUGGAGUACUUCCACUUUGGCCGCGGCUUCCGCGCGACCUUUGGGAUCCUGGCCGGGUACUGGCUCACCACGCACCUGCUGACCUACAUCGCGAUGGUGGCGGUCGCGCGCAAGGAGCGGCGGUGA